UGAGAGUCCUAAUGCACUGUUCCGUGAGACGUGUGCUCGCUCAGCCUGCCUAACAAUUGCAUGACUAUCAGAUUCUUCAUGUGGAUGUCCAUAAAAGCCUGGAAGAGCUUAGAUUGAAGCAAUGUCGUCUAUUCCUCUCAGAUAUUUUCUGUCUGCGUCUCUCUCUCAGCAUAGAUUGCUGAUUUUGACACUUGGAGAGUGGCAAUAUCCACCAAAGGACGCAGGAACAGAUACAUAUCUUCCCAUUUCUAGACAAGUUUUUCUACAUCACGUCUUUGAUCAGAAUCUUUCUUAUCAGUCAGGGAACAGGCAGUGCGAUUGCAAUCACCAUGGCCUCGAUGCAGCAGGCAAUUUUUACAGUCUUAAUCAUCGCAUCGGGACUGUAUCAAGAUGCAGAAGCUGUAACUCACAUUGUCGGUGGAGCUACAGGGCCCGGCUGGACCUUUCAAGCGAACGACCUGACUUUCUACGAUACAUGGGCUUCAAAAGAAUCAUUUAAUGUCGGCGAUGUCUUAGUCUUCAAUUUCAACUCGACUCUGCACGACGUCCUUGAAGUCAGUACGGACGAUUUGAAAACCUGCACAACGCCGGCUAGUCCAAUUCAGAGAAACCUGACAUCAAAUGGAUCUCUAACGAUCUCCACAAGUGGCACUCAUGCCUAUAUUUGUGGAGUUCCUCAGCACUGUACUUUCGGUAUGAAGAUGACUAUCACAACUGUGGGUGCAUCGACCCCAAAUACCAAUUCUACGAAUCCCGCUGGAUCGAAAGCAGCUGUGGGUGCUAUCAAGUCUCCCUUCUUUACGUUCAACUUACUUUUGGGAGUAAUGCUCACUGCCAUCGCCGUUGCCACCGUCUAGAAAUCAUAAUUGUUAACUGAACUUUUGGAAGUCUCUUCACUGUAUUCCAAAAAUCACUUCAGUUCUGCCUAGAAGCAAAGCGCUACUGUCCAGCGCCAGUUUAAUUUCAAGAGUCCUUUGAGUGUGUUUAGAAAUUAAAGUGUUCAGUUUCAUGGUUGCUAUCAUCAUCUUUCAGUAGUAAAGGUGUUCAGUUGAUGGGGCUCUUUUAGAACCAUCUGAAGAGAAUUCUUGAGCUCUUAGUUUCCCGAGGUUUAGGUGCAUACGAGCUCACUCCACCAGUGUCAGAUAUUUGGUCUUGAAGGUCACCUUUGCUGUAGCAGCAUGACAUGCUUUCUUGCUCUGACGCCUAAGCUCUCAGAUUCUAUCAAUUGCUGUUCGAGUGGAAGUAUCUUCAGGAUCACAGAACACCGCUGUAGAUUGUUUCGUAGUCCCACAUAAGAAUGUGAGUGGUUCAAUGUGGUCUGAACGUCGGGAUCCGAGUGCAUAGAAUAGAAUAAUUUCCCCCAUGUUCAAGGGCUGCCAGGACCCGUGAGUAGAUCAAUUGUUUGGAAUAAACCUCGGAA